UCCAUUGUUCUCUUCGUCCUUCAUCCUUCUCUCAGCAUAUGCUCGAUUUAAAUCUUCAUCCUUGUCUUUGUUUCAAAUCUCCAUUGUUCUCCAUCGUUGAUUUGUUUGUUUCAAAUCAUGGGUUCUGAGUCAGUUCAAAUAUCAAGUUCUUCUUCUCAUUCUAGGAGGAGAAGGUUACACUGUUACUGUGGCUUGGAUUCACCACUUGUAACUUCGUGGACAUCUCAAAAUCCAGGGAGGAGGUUCUAUGGAUGUGGGUUGUACAAGCUACAAGGAAGAAAAGGAUGUUCCUUUUUUGACUGGUACGAUGAGCAAAUUACAGAUCGUUCACAGGAAGUGAUUAACUCACUUUUGAAGAAGGUUACUGAUUUGAAGAAGAAUGAUGGUUUAGCUAAGAAGAUUGAUGAUGACCUCAAAAAGAAGAUGAAGAUUUUGGUUAUUUUAUUGAUUUUUUCUUGGGUUUUGAUCAUCAUAUUGAUCAUAAGAAACUUGGUUGGAUGAUGUGAUUUUGUUGUAAUCACCACUAGAAUUGGGUAUUAUUAG